AUGGCUGAUACGCCUGGCGACGCUGCGACUCUCAUAGACCAUCACGAGCCGUCCUCUGUCAACAUCGCCGAGGCUGAAGAACGAUUUAAUGCCUUGGCCAGAACCCUCAGUCGCAAAUCUCAGGCCAACGCAAGCGGGAGUGCCACAACUCGGACUGCUUCGGACAUUGAGAAAGGAAACGAGGAACCUGAAGAAGCCUUUGACCUUCGUGAAUACUUGACUUCUUCCAACAACGCCCAACAACAGGCUGGUAUCAAGCAUAAACAUGUCAGUGUGACCUGGGAGGACCUCGAAGUGAAAGCAUUAAACAAUACGCACUGUCAGUUCUACGUCGGGACCUUUGGUGGCGCUUGUUUAGACUUCUUCCUCGCUGUGCCUCUAUACUUGUGGGGACUAAUUACGCCGCUGUUCUUCAAACAAGAAUUCGUUACACGCCCGAUCCUCCACAAAUCGUCGGGUGUUGUCAAAUCUGGCGAAAUGUGCUUGGUUCUUGGAUGCCCUGGCAGCGGUUGCACAACUUUUCUCAAGGCCAUCGCUAAUGAACGCAAUACCUUCGCUCAAGUUUUGGGCGAAGUACUCUAUGAGGGAAUCGAUGCGGAAACAAUGCAAAAAAUGUACAAGGGGGAAGUUGUGUUCAACGACGAGGACGACCUCCAUAUCGCCACGCUCACUGUCGCUCAAACUUUGUCAUUUGCCCUGUCUACUAAAACUCCUGGUCCCAAUGGCCGACUGCCCGGGAUAUCAAGAGCGGAGUUUGAUGCUGAAGUGCUCGACACGUUGCUGAAGAUGCUCAACAUUUCGCACACCAAACAAACACUCGUGGGUGAUGAAUUCGUUCGCGGAGUUUCCGGAGGUGAAAGAAAACGUGUUUCGAUCGCCGAAAUGAUGGCCACUCGUGCCCGAGUACAAACAUGGGAUAACAGCACUCGAGGCCUUGAUGCUUCAACCGCCCUCGACUUCGUCAAAUGUCUCCGAAUCAUGACUGAUGUCCUUGGUCAAACCACUUUCGUGACCCUCUAUCAAGCCGGUGAAGGUAUCUAUGACCUUUUCGACAAAGUCAUCGUCCUCUCCGAAGGCCGACAAGUGUUCUUCGGUCCUCCGUCAGAGGCACGUGCAUAUUUCGAGCAACUCGGAUACCGGCCCCUUCCCCGGCAAAGUACGGCAGACUACUUGACUGGUUGCACGGAUCCCAACGAACGUCAAUUUGCUGAUGGCCAUUCCGCCGCCAACACACCGUCGACUCCUGAGGCAUUAGAGGCUGCCUUCCGUUCAUCUCGUUACUACAAGGAGCUCAAUGACACCCGUGAAAAAGUCACUCUCGCCAUGCAACACGAGCGUGCUGAUCAAGAGGCUUUCCGAGAUGCUGUGGCUAUGGACAAGAAAAAAGGUGUCUCGAGGAAGAGCCCUUACACGCUCGGGUUUACGGGUCAGGUCAUGGCUCUUACUCGUCGGCAGUUCAUUAUGAAACUCCAAGAUCGAUUCCAUCUCGUCACGAGCUUCACGCUUUCCACCAUUCUCUCCCUCGUUCUCGGCGCUGCUUACAUCAACCUUCCUACGUCCUCUGCAGGCGCUUUCACGCGAGGAGGUCUCAUUUUCGCUGCCUUGUUGACGACCUGUCUCGACGCAUUUGGUGAAAUGCCCUCCCAGAUGCUUGGUCGCCCAAUUCUUCGAAAGCAGACCUCGUACUCGAUGUAUAGGCCAUCAGCGAUUGCUGUAGCAAACACUCUGGCCGAUCUACCUUUCUCUGCCCUCCGAAUCUUGUUGUUCAAUCUUCCUGUCUAUUUCAUGACUAAUCUGAAUCGCUCAGCCGGCGGGCAUUGCUUAGAUUCUGGACGUUCCAUCUUAUAUCCUAUAUCGUCUAUCUCGCAAUGCAAGGGUUCUUCCGGACCUUUGGACUUAUCUGCACCAGCUUCCAUGUCGCCUUCAGGUUGGCGGGUGAUCUUCUUCAUACCCAACUUUGUUGAGUAUGCUGGUUAUAUCAUUCCCGUCAUCAAGAUGAAGCGUUGGCUCUUCUGGAUUUACUACUUGAACCCGAUCGCGUACGCGUGGCAAGCCUGCAUGGAAAAUGAGUUCAUGCGUAUUGACCUAACGUGCGAUGGCCCCUACGUCAUCCCCCGUAACGUCGGCCCACUGACCCAGUAUCCGGAUGGACUGGGACCAAACCAAGCUUGCACACUUUUCGGAUCCUCAGCGGGCGACAGUCGUGUUUCUGGCGAAUCAUAUAUAUCGGCUGGCUAUGGAAUUAGUAGCGCUGAUCUCUGGCGACGUAACUUCCUUGUCCUCGUUGGGUUCUUGCUGCUUUUCCAAGUUACUCAGAUUAUAUCGCUCGAGUACUUCCCCCGAUACAAUCAAGUGCUCUCCAUCCAGAUUUUCGCAAAGGAAAACAGCGAGGUCAAGAAGCGGAACGAGAUCCUCCGUCAACGGAAAGCUGAACGCAAAGCCAAUCACGGAAUAGAAUCGCCGAAGAAAGAAAUAGAACAACAAAUCAAGGAGAGUGCCGUCCCGGCCCAUCGCAAGACGUUAACAUGGCAAAAUUUGAACUAUCAUGUUCCCGUCCCUGGAGGCACUCGCCGCCUCCUGCAUGAUGUCCAAGGCUACGUUGGGCCCGGUCUGACUGCGCUCAUGGGCGCCAGUGGUGCUGGCAAAACAACCUGUCUCGAUGUUUUAGCUCAGCGAAAGACCAUCGGUGUGGUGUCGGGAGAUGUUCUGGUCGAUGGGCGCCCAUUGGCUUCUGACUUUGCGCGAGGCACGGCUUAUGCUGAACAAAUGGAUGUCCAUGAAGGAACCGCCACUGAGGAGAAGGACAACUACGUUGAAGAAAUCAUCGAGCUUUUGGAGCUCCAGGACCUCUCUGAGGCUUUAAUAUUCUCUCUUAGCGUCGAGUCAAGGAAGCGGCUAACGAUUGGCGUCGAACUUGCUAGCAAACCUGAGCUGUUGCUCUUCCUCGAUGAGCCCACUAGUGGUCUAGACAGUCAAAGUGCAUGGAAUGUAGUGCGUCUGCUUCGCAAGCUGGCAGAUCAAGGCCAGGCAAUUCUUUGCACCAUCCAUCAACCCAGUGCUCUGCUCUUCGAAUCAUUCGACCGACUACUUCUGCUCGAGCGGGGCGGAGAGACCGUGUAUUUUGGCGACAUCGGCAAAGACUCGCACGUCAUCCGCAACUACUUUGCUGCCAACGGCGCAUUCUGCCCGGCGAACGUCAACCCGGCCGAAUACAUGCUUGAGGCCAUUGGUGCUGGUACAACUCCGCGAGUUGGCGACCGCGACUGGAAAGACAUCUGGCUCGACUCACCGGAAUGCGAAAGCCUGCGAUCCAAAAUCGCACAGAUCAACAAUGAGGCGUUGACCAGGCCUGUGGCAGAGAAGACCAAGCUGAGCACCUAUGCGACCCCCUUCAUGUACCAACUGCGUACCGUCACUGCUCGCAAUUACCUUGCGCUCUGGCGAUCACCGGACUACCUCUUCUCGCGGUUGUUUGUCUGCAGCUUUAUUUCCUUCUUCGUGUCGCUGUCGUUUCUGCAACUGGGCAUCAGUCUCCGGGAUCUCCAGUUCCGCGUGUUCUCGCUGUUUUGGGUCACUAUUCUUCCCGCUAUCAUCAUGGCUCAAAUUGAACCUAUGUUCAUCUCCAAUCGCCGGACUUUCAUCCGAGAGGCGUCAAGUCGCAUCUACUCCCCCUACGUCUUUGCUAUUGCUCAAACAUUGAGUGAGAUCCCUGGCUCCAUUGUCUGCGCCAUCGUAUACUGGGUCCUCAUGGUCUACCCAAUGCACUUUGGGCAAGGCGCUGCCGGGCUCAACGGCACCGGCUUCCAGCUGCUGAUGACGCUGACGAUGAUGAUUUUCGGCGUCACCCUCGGCCAGCUGAUCGGCGCCAUCAGCCCUAGCGUCCAAGUCGCGGCGCUGUACAAUCCUUUCCUGACUCUGGUCCUCGGAACAUUCUGCGGUGUUACGCUCCCGCAUGUGAACAACGGGUUCUGGUGGACAUGGCUGUACCAGCUUGUGCCGUACACGCGGACCAUCGCGGCGAUGGUGUCCACGGAGCUUUUCGGCCUGAAAGUGCGGUGCAAGAGCGACGAGUUUGCGACGUUCAACCCCCCGACCAACAUGACCUGCGGCCAGUGGGGCCAGGCGUUUGUCAACAUCACGGGCGGGUACAUCGACAACCUGGACGCGACGUCCAACUGCAAGUACUGCUCGUACGCGGUCGGGGACGAGUUCUACACCCCGCUGGGCAUCAGCUUCUCUGAGCGCUGGCGCGACUUUGGGAUCUUCCUUGCUUAUAUUGCUUUCAACAUGGCUGCGACAGUCAUUGCAUCGAGAUAUCUCCGCUACGCCAAACGCUGA